UCAAUUAGCGACAAAAGUCAAUCCUUAAGUCAAUCACAACAACCACAAAUUAAUGAUUUUUUUGCAUAAAAUAAGAAGACUUAAAAUGAAGCAUUGACCUAGAAAGUCUAUAUCAACAAUAAUACAUGGAGAGUAAUGCAACACAAGUGGUUUUUGUAUUUGUGCCUGAUUUAGUUGUUCUUCAUCCAGCAAUGAGGAAUACGUUGUUUUGCAGGCUGCUUUCACAGACGAUAAGCAGAACAUUCCAUAGCAUUACAGAAAAUGUAGAUGGAGGGGAUCUUCAGGGCUCAAAUUGGGGAGGUAAAGAGAGAGAUCCCGUCUGCAUCUACAGAGUCCCCAUGGACAUUCGUGGUAUGGAACCCAGGGCCUAUUCUCCCCGCAUCAUCUCCAUCGGCCCCUAUCAUCACGGAGACAAGAAAAGACUACAAAAAAUGGAAAAGCUCAAAAAGCAAUCCAUUGACCGCCUCUUUGAGUCUACUCAGCCUAAUGGAGUCAAAAAACAUACGGUGAAGAAUGCUAUGGAAGAAUUAGAACAGGAGGCUCGUAGCUGCUAUGAGGAUCACAUUAAGAUUAGCAGAGAAGAUUUUGUGGAGAUGAUGCUGGUUGAUGGCUGCUUCGUCAUCGAGCUCUUCAGAGAGUUAAAACAGCACAACUUCAAAUAUGCUCCUUCUAUUCAAAGGUGGAUGCUGCCAAUUCUUCGCCGUGACAUGAUUAUGCUAGAAAACCAACUGCCAUUCUGUGUUUUGCAGAAAUUGUUUGAGUUGACAAGCAGUUCGGCAGAAUCAAAUACUUCUCUGGGAGAUCAAGCCCUUCAGUUUUUUGUCCCGCUGCUUCAAGGAGAUCCAACUCUAAAUUGCAUCAGUAAAGAAGUAACAGGGAGACACUUCUUGGAUCUCUUCCGGUCUAGUAUCCUCCCGACCGUAGAAGAAAAGAACAGGACAAGUGAUUCCUACAAGAGCACAGAAAGCAAAGGAAUGGAAACAAAUUUAACCAACACGAUGAGGUCUGCAACAGAGCUGGAAGAAGCAGGGUUCAUUAUCAAGAAAGGUAAAGCACGCCUUCUAGAUAUAGACCUUAAAAAAGAAGGAUGGCUGAAUAAAAGGGUUCUGAAAAUCCCUCCUCUUUACAUUGAUGAUUACAAGGGAACUCUGUUCCGCAACAUGGUAGCAUUUGAACAAUGCCACCGUGAGUGCAAACCAUAUGUUACAUCGUAUUUGUUCUUUUUUGAUGGUCUAAUAAACUCAGCUGAGGAUGUAGAACUUCUUCACCACAAACAGGUCAUCCACCAUUCUUUAGGUCGAGACAAAGAGGUGGCUGAGCUGGUCAAUAGCCUCUGCAAGGAAAUAACAUUUGAUGGUUACGAGUCAAAUCUACAAAAAGUUGUAUCUGAUGCUAAUAACCACUAUCAAAGUACGUUUGCUCAGAUCAGAGCAAAAUUGGUGCACCAUUACUUCAGGAGCUGGGUGGUUGGCAUCUCAACUCUUGCAGCUAUUAUAGGUAUCUAUCUCACCUUGAUUCAGACUGGCUGUACAGUUAGGAAACACUCCGAGUCUAAAACAGUAACUUUGUUAGCCUGCAUGAAACAUAGCAUUGUAGAUCCUUUGAUUGAUCACUUUAGUUUCACUUCCACAAAGGAGUCUAAAACAGUAACUUUGUUAGCCUGCAUGAAACAUAGCAUUGUAGAUCCUUUGAUUGGUCACUUUAGUUUCACUUCCACAAAGGAUGAAAGUGAGAGAUUGAAGUCAAAAUUAGCAAACCUUUUCUCUAGGAUCUUUAAUUUCACUUCCAUAAAGGGUGAAAGUGAGAGAUUGAAGUCUAGUUUCAUCACUUCCCCAAGGGAUGAUGAAACUAAUCAAGAAAAUCAAUCCGAGAAGACUUAAGUGGAUUCCCCAUAUCCUUAAUGCAUUAAUCCUUGGUGUGGGUCUCUCUCUCUCUGUGUCUCUUGGGUAGGACUAUCUUUUGGAGCUUUGUUAUCAACAUUUGUAUUUUAGUUUUAUAAUUACAUGGGUUAAUAUAAUAUAUGAUUAAGAAGUUCUGUUGUUAUUUAUCUUGAUUUCCUUUCUCCUCUCAACAAUUCAUCUUAAAAAAUAGAAUACCUAAGAAAUGUUGCAUAAGCAGAGAUCUCCACUAAUCAGAAGCAAGAAACACAAAAGACUCAAUCAGCAAACAUAGAAAUAAACUAUAGGGCAAAUCAUGAGAUAAAUUGCUGGAUCAACAAAGACAAGCUCAUAUAGCCAUAUUCAGAAACAUAUGGCCCUUACCUCCAAUAUGUGACGGAUGAUUUUCUUGGAAGAUUUCCUUCUUAAUUUUGCUGUGGCUGAAUUCCCCAGGAAUAAAUUGUAGAAAAAUGAACCAUACUUUUGUAUCCAUAGCUGGCAGGUCAUGAAAUGGGUUGAGUUGGGCUGCCUGGCCCAUUCAAGAUCUCUCCCUAGAACACAAGGCUGAUAAAUUUAGAAUCUGCAUUUCAAGGACUUCUAUACCUUUAAACAGAAGUGACAUGUCAAUAAUUGGGUGCUGAGACGUGGCAGGGUUUUUUAUCCUUUUUUCUUCUUUUUUGGUAGAAAAAUGGAACCAUGUGUAAAGAAUAGAUACUUCAAUCCUUCCAACAAGAAGGAGAACAAGUCCUUCAAUCCUG